AUGCCGAAGGGUCACACUAGAUACUUAAGUCAUGACAUACAAAAUCAAAUCAUUAACUGUAUGUCUUUAAAAUUGAAAGGAAAGCUCCUUGAAAACAUCAACAAAGCAAGGUUUUUUUCACUUAUUGUUGAUACAACACAAGAUCUUGACAAGAAAGACCAGUUGAGCUUUGUGAUUCGUUAUACGAAUUUCUUUGAAGAGUUGAGGCAAGACGAAGAUGGUAAUUUUGAAGAAUAUAAGAAAUUAAGUAUUGAGGAAUCAUUUCUUGGUUUCUUCCAUGUAAAAGACGCAACUGCACUUGGACUUUCCACCCAAGUUGUUGACUGUUUACAAAACCUGGGUGUGCAGAAAAGACUUCAAGAAAUUGAAAAACUUGCUGUUUAUGUACACUGCAAUGCGCACAAUUUAAAUCUUGCCAUCAAUGAUGCUGUUAAGGAAGUGAGAGCAGUGGACAGUUAUUUCACAACUCUGCAAUCUCUUUAUGUUUUCUUCGGCCUCAGCAUUAAGAGGUGGGACAUUUUGUCGUCAUUAACGGGUGAAUCUGAAGUGACAUUGAAGAAGUUGAAUCCAACUAGGUGGGCAUCAAGACAUGAUUCGAUUUUAGCAGUUAAGGUAAGGUAUUUGGACAUUAUGAAAGCUCUUACGAAGAUUAUACUUGAGAGUAAUAAGCAAGAAGAAGUUUCUGAAGCUAAAGCACUUGCAAAAUCCCUUGAUAACUUUCAGUUUGUAAUGCUGACAGUAGUGUUGUCCAAGAUUUUUACACAGCUAAACAUCACGUCUAAGUUUCUUCAAGGCAAGGAAACAGACUUAGAAAAAGCUGCCAGAGUACUUGAAAGAAGUCAAACUGAGCUCAAGAAAAUGAGGGAUGAUUACGAGGCCUACAAAGAUGAAGCCACACUUAUAGCACGUAAAUGGAACGUACAACCAAUGUUUUCUCAAAGCAGGCAGCGCAAAGUAAAACGACACUUUGAUGAACUAGCAGAAGAUUUCAGGUUUUCAUGUGGUGAAGAGGCCUUCAGAGUGCAAGUGUUUUACGCUGUUUUGGACAUAGUCAAUCGUCAAAUUGAGGACCGCUUUUCUUCUGUUCGAGAUGUUGUCCAGCUGUUUUCUGUUUUAUUUCCAACAGUUCUGGUCAAGCUAACUGAAAAAGAAAUCUUUGAAAAAGCUGGAGAAUUGCAAAGAGUGUACGAAAAAGACAUAGGGCUAUCGCUACCUCUUGAACUUAUAUCCCUUCAAAGUGGAUUUAAAUGUGAGCUAUCAAAACUGAAAACGGUUUAUGACAGCUUCACUUUUAAUGAUUGA